AUGGAAUAAAUACAGACCAUAUAAUCCUAUUAUGAUUCACUCAUAAAAGAAUUGGAGAAGAAGUUUGAAGAAAAGCUAUCAUAACUCAACAAAAGGUAUCACGUGAUGGAAACAUAUCUGAAACAAAAGAUAAAAUUGCUUGAAGCAGGGAAGCAUUAAAGAUCAGAAGAUUUGGAAAAAGUAAAAUUGAAAGCCAAAAUAUUCUCACUUGAAAAACAGUUAUAACAACUAGAAUCCAGAGACAAUAUCCUGCAUCGACCAGAUUCAAAGUCCUCUGAAUCUUAAGCCCCAUAGGAAGUAUUUUUGAGUGUAUUAGAUUCCGUGUUUAAAUAAUUGGGGAAUAAUUUUGAAUACCCUUAUUUCCUCUAUCCAUAAAUCGACAGUCUCAUUCCCAAUUUAAUCGAAAUCUUACCCACAUCACUCAACUUAUUGUCAGACAUGACUUUUUUGCUCUAUAAAACAAAAUUUUAUAGUCAUUUUUUAGCGAUCCCUCACAAUAAAUAAUUACAGGAUGACAGAAUCAAAUUAAAAAGCAUAGAAUAACACGUUAACGAAAUCAUGUUUUGUGGUGGUUGUCAUUAGAACUUUGAGAUUUGUUUCAAUCCUCAAACAGAAGAGUGGAAGAAGAAGGCUUUGGAAAAAGAAAUCGACAAACCUGUUGUCCAGCCUCACACUUUAUAAUUAACUCAAAGUUCAGUCAUCUAGAAUUACAUUAUCAAGGCUGCAAAAUAAAAAUUGGAAUCCAGUUAUACUAAAGUGAUCAGAGACAACAACUAAAUUCAUCACUUGAACUUUUCCCAAUAGCUCAAAUAGAAACAUGUUUUAUUCGAAAGAUUGAAUUGUGUCAUACUCACUUUUAUUCUGUCCUUCACCAAAGAUAAUAUAAUCUAUGCCUUAAAUAAUAUCACUUAAGAUUUAAAAAUAGAUAAUCAAAUAUUGCUUUAGUAAUUAAUUUAGUAGAUUUAAAAGAAAGAUCUCGAUAUGUUGAUCCUAUAUAAAUUGAAAGACUACGGAUUCGAUAUUGAAUUGCAAUACUCUAGUGUCAAUUUCAUCUAAGAACUAAAUAGCAAAGGAAUUAAGCUUCCCUUAUCCGAAUAGUACUUAAAGGAACAAAAAAAAACUGGAAUUGAUAAAGAGUUGAUUUAGAUGAUCCAAUAAUUAGAAUGA